GGGCUUGAGGGGACUGACUUGUUCUCCGAAGCAGCUGAAGGCAGGACAAGAAGCGACACCUAGAGAGGCUUGUUAAAGAGAGACAUUUUCUGACACAGAACAAUUACUCAGUGGAGCAGCUUCCCUCCAGGGCUGUGGGGCCUCCAUCGCGGGUAGUUUGACCAGGAUUGUAUAAGGUCUCCUGCCUUGAGCAGGGGGUCAGACCCUUCCAGCCCUAGGAGUCUGUCACCCAUGUUCAUCCCACCUGGUCCCAAGGAAAAAACUGGGUUCCCAAAAACCCCAAGAGCGCUUUCAAUCCAUCUGUCUGCUUCCCCCUGCCAGUUUCCUUGGGUAAAUUUGGGGAGGGGUGGUGGAAGGAAUGGCCGGAAGAGGCAAUGGGGAUCAAGCUCUCCGUCUUCCCUGACCGCUCCCUCUGCUCUUCCAGAGCGUGCAGAGAAGUCGGGCCAAAGCCUGACCCGCCUCCCCUACAAAGACACGUUUUGGAAAGGCACCACGCGGACUCGACCACGUAAUGGGACCCUUAAUAAGCUGGCAGGGAUUGACUUCCGGCAGCUGAGCCUGGGCCACAAACUCAACGAGAACCAGUCAGGAGAGCUCUGGAAGGGGCGCUGGCAGGGGAACGACAUCGUCAUCAAGGUCCUCAAGAUCCGCGACUGGACAACCCGGAAGAGCCGGGACUUCAACGAGGAAUACCCCAAGCUCAGGAUUUUCUCUCACCCCAACGUGCUGCCGGUGCUGGGUGCCUGCCAGUCGCCCCCCGCUCCGCACCCCAUCAUCAUCACCCACUGGAUGCCCUAUGGCUCCCUUUACAACGUGCUGCACGAAGGCACUAGUGAGUCUUGCCACCAGCUGGG